CUGCGCUCUACACAGUAUGGCCGGCGAUAUUAGCUAGCAGUCGCUCUACAGUAUUCUCUGUAAAAGGGAAGACGGUAAAACCAAGAAAUUACACCUGGAUUGCUAAAGGACUGUACUUAAUAAAUUAUAACGAUCAAGCAAGGACUAGCUAACUAAGUUGAGAACGUAACCGACGUUUAAUUUCUGUUAUUGGUGUCUGUUGUGCCACGAUGGAAGAGAACGGUGCACACUUCUUCGAGGGAACCGAGAAGCUGUUGGAGGUGUGGUUCUCCCGGCAAGAUGAGACCAAAGGAACAGGGGACCUCCGUACCAUCCCAAGGUUUGUGAAGUGAAGAUUUGAUUAAUACAUGCUGGUGGUCUGUACUUUACUUGGCUUGGUAGCUAGCUAAGCUGCUAGCCUGUGGCACUUCAUGGACUCAAGCAAUCCGUCAUCUGAAGAAGACUGGAUGGAGAUCCAACCUUCAACACGCGCUAAAAACAUUGUAACCAGGCUUUCUUUCUCUUGCUAGCUAGUCUGUUUAAUGGCAAGGAACUCAGUUAUCUUGUAGACCACCAUAGCAUCUUUCACUGACAUGUCAUGGGGUGGCCGAAUGAAUUACCAUCCCCCCACAUUCGACCGCUAGCUAGCUAUAGUAGCUUGGCGCUUGCUAACGCGCUAGCUAGCUAGCUGAGUCAUUCAUUCAAUCAGUGUUAGUUAGCGAACUGAAUAUCAACUGUUUGUUGGAUGGCUCGCUAGCUGUUGGCUAGUCUAGCUACAAUUCACCCAACUGUCAUUCAUUGUAUGUCCAGUAAAAAUCAUUGUACAUUAACAUGUUCAGAAAUGUAUCUAAAUAUGGCUUGGUGCAAUGUAAGGCAUCCGGCUAGUUACCUAUUUGCAAUCUAGCAAGUUGUUUUGCCAAGAAAAAGGGUCUGAUCGGGUUAAGUUUGACUGCGCGGGUUUUUCGCAUACUGCGCAUGCAUUUGGCGUUCGACCGAUGUACACAUGCAUCUUUAUGCAGUAAUGUAUCUUAUGUAAAUAACUAGUUAGGUCGCUAAAUCUACAACUCAACUUCUGAAGUUAUGUCAUUGUGUAACUAGGUUUAGUAAUUUUCCAUUUCAGUUGUUCUCCUGCGUCACGCAUGUGGGCCCUAGCAUCAUGCUAAGCAUGUGGCAGUGCCUUGUGGCCAAUUUCUUUUAAUUUUAUUGGCUGUCUUUUUCUCUAAUAUUUACAUCUGCAAUGCAGAAUUAACUAAAACCGUAAUCAGUAGGUAAUGGAUAAUGAUCCGUUUGAGAGUUGAUUGCCAACCAGUUAUCUGAGAGAAACUAAUCUUCUCGUGUGACUUACUCAAUACUGUAGAACAUGGCGCUUGCAGCGCCAGGGUUGUGGGUUCGUUUCCCACGGGGGCCAGUAUGAAAAUGUAUGCACUCACUAACUGUAAGUCGCUCCGGAUAAGAGCGUCUGCUAAAUAACUAAAAUGUAAAAAAAAAAAUGAAUGACCAGCAGUAGUUAAUGACACUAACAUUACCUGGAACUCCAACCUAAAGGCCUUAAAAAAUAUAUAAAAAAAUACAAUGUAUUGCCCUAAUAUCUGUUAAAGGACGUGUCACUAUCAACCAUACUAAAAUUAUUUACAUGCUCUUGUUUUGGAGUAUGUUUGUUGGAGUUCCAGCAAACUGCUGUUAUGUAUAAGUCAGACAAUAGCGCAGGGGUUCCCACAUUGUUUUUGCAUGUGACCAACCACAUUUGGAGAGAAUUUUGCAACCCCACCAUGUAAAAAAAUGAUUUAAUAGGCCAAUGUUUGCUUUAUUUGGGGCUAUGAUAGCCUAUUACAAAUGAGUGGGUAUACUUUUGACAGUUUCAAUCUAAAGGAAGUAUGGUUUGAAGUGACUGAAAUGCAUCAAAGGUAUUGGAUAGUUCAGAAGACCAAUCAUCAGACAACUUUGUAUGGUCUGUGUAGAUAAGAAAAUCAUAAUUAAUAUAUUUUUCCCCCCCAGUCUGAUUAGUGCCUGGUCUGUACCAGGAUAUUUAGAAAUAGUCAUGGUAUGGUUUUUCAAUACUGCUAACAAUUUAAGUGUUUUUCAAUAAAUAAAUAUUUGUAGCUACAUUUUAAGUAAAUCCCUGCAGUCAACUUGUGUAAUAAGUUAGGAGAUAAAGCAGAUGGUGUUCAUUUCACCUGUCACAUUAUGAAGCUUAUGGUAGUUCCCCAGAACAGUUGAGCCGGUCAAGUGUUUGUAAAUGGCACAACAGGAGAGAGCAGUAGAGUCCAGCUGUGUAUUGACAGGGGUCACGUUGUAUAUAUAUUUUUUCAAUAGUGAUAAUUGUCAUCAGAUGACAACCGAAGUGCAAAACUUUGGCAGGCAGCCACACAAGUAAAAAAAAAAGAUUUAUCCUUGCGUUUUUUUUCUCCUCUCAGUUCUGGGCCCGUCUGCGCCUCCCCUAUCUUCUCCAAGUAGAGCAGGCAGGCCCGUUGCACUAGCGACUCCCAGACUCCAUACAGACAGUGUGUACAAAGUACUGUUCUUCCUUCAGACAAGCAUGCGUCUCAACUUUGUUCAUUUGCACACUUUUCGUUCACGUUUGCUUGUAAAUGUAAAAAGCCACCGAAAACCUACACUACGUGACCAAAAGUAAAAAGUAUGUGGACACCUGCUCGUCGAUCAUCUCAUUCAAAAAUCAUGGGCAUUAAUAUGAAGUUGGUCCCCCCCCCUUGCUGCUUUUAACAGCCUCUACUCUUCUGGGAAGGCUUUCCACUAGAUGUUGGAACAUUGGUGGGGGACUUGCUUCCAUUCAGCCACAUGAGCAUUAGUGAGGUCGGGCACUGAUGUUGGGCGACUAGGCCCGCAGAUGGCGUUCGAAUUCAUCCCAAAGCUGUUAGAUGGAGUUGAGGUCAGGGCUCUGUGCAGGCCAGUCAAGUUCUUCCACACCAAUCUCGACAAACUAUUUCUGUAUGGACCUCGUUUUGUGCACGGGGGCAUUGUCAUGCUGAAACAAGAAAGCGCCUUCCCCAAACAGUUGCCACAAAGUUGGAAGCACAGAAUCGUCUAGAAUGUCAUUGUAUGCUGUAGUGUUAAGAUUACCCUUCACUGGAACUAAGGCGUCUAGCCCUAACCAUGAUAAACAGCCCCAGACCAUUAUUCCUCCUCCAACAAACUUUACAGUUGGCACUAUGUAUUCGGGCAGGUUUUCAAAUGGCGCAUGGCGGAGUCAAAAUAAAGAUGUAUGCCUACUUUGUCCUUUUUUUGCAAAUAUAGAAAAUAUGUAUCCAACGCACAAAACAAUUCACACGAACUCAUUUUCCAGUGGCAUUGGCAUGUGGUCUUCAGAUAGGACGCCGUAAUGAGAAAUCAUCUAGCCUAAACUACUGAACAUAGGCCUUUAAAUCAUUACAGGAGUGUUUUGAUUCUUAUUAAAGAGAUGGAGUCCGCGCUGGCUACUUCAGGACACUUUAUGAAUGGACAUCUAGGCCUAUAGAGACAAUCGGAGACCCCCCCCCCCCCCCCCCCAAACGUAAAAGGACCUUCAAUCAAAGCCACCAGCAAAUGUCAGACACAAGCAAAUAUUUAUCCUUUCCUUAUAAAGAAAAAAAACUAGGCCUACCUUCGGUGUUCUGGAAGUAGGCUAUAAGAUAAUGAAUUGACAAGGAAAGUAUGACGGUGAGAGCUAUGCGAUAGUAUGAAAUUGACAAUCAUUAAAAUGGAAACUAAUACCCACAUGUCUAUAGUUGAUCAGCAUUGAUUGGACUAAAUUAGAAAAUAUUCAGUAUCAAAUUAUACCAUGCCAGGUUUGAGAGUAUUGGUGCAUUGUCCAUUUGACACAUUGGCGCAUUAUAGGCCUCGGAGCCAGAAAAACCUUUUUAAUAAUAUAAUGAAAAUUCACUCUUUAACCUCUACAGGAUCGAUGUCCCGUAUAUGGGACGGUUGAGCUAACAUGCGCUAAUGUGAUUAGCAUGACUGUUGUAAGUAACAGCAAACUUUCCAGGACAUAGACAUGUCUUUAUAUGGGCGGAAAGCUUAAAUUCUUAAUCUAACUGCACUGUCCAAUUUACAGUAGCUAUUACAGUGAAAAAAAGAUCAUGCUAUUGUUUGAGGAGAGUGCACAACAACUUAUUACGGCAACUGGUUUGAUACAUUCACCUCUGAAGGUAAAUAAUGUUAUCUUGCUCUGAUUUGUUAUCCUGAGGGUCCCAGAGAUAAAAUGUUGCAUAAUUUUAUUUGAUUAAAUAAAUUUUUAUAUUCAAAUGUAGGAACUGGGUUCUACAUUUUGAACCCCUGCUCUCUCUGGCUCCACACCCACCCGCCAUCUAGAUGUGUGAAAGUUAGUGUAUAAGCUAAUGAUCCAUGUCUGACAUUCCUUGGAGUGUGUAAACCUACAAAAAUGAUAUGGUAAUACAGAAUGUAUGUUCUCUAUAGUUAUGUACUUAAAUGUAUCAAUUGACCAAUUCUGCACAUUUGGGCAGACUUUAUACGAAAUAGUCCAGUAUUGCAAUGCUUCACUGGAUCAAACUUUGCACACUGCUGCCAUCUAGUGGCCAAAAUCUAAAUUGUGCCUAAACUGCAAUAUAUAUUGUGGCCUUUUCUCUUGCAUUUCAAAGAGGAUAAAAAAAUAAAAGUAUAUUGAGAAUGCAUGUCUUUUUAUUAAUUUUUUUUAUUAUCUUUUACCAGACCUAAUGUGUUUAUAUUCUCCUACAUUCAUUUCACAUUUCCACAAACUUCAAAGUGUUUCCUUUCAAAUGGUAUCAAGAAUAUGCAUAUCCUUGCUACAGGUAGUUAGAUUUAGGUAUGUCAUUUUAGGGGCAAAUUGAAAAAGGGUCAGAUCCUUAAGAGGUUAAACAAAGUUGUUCUUGCUGGUGUUGGAAUGGCAAUUGCAUAGAUGGAUAGGCUAGACUUGGUACUUCAAUACAUUUUUAUUUUAAAUGAAUGAGAACUGUCAAAUAGUUCUCUCUUCACCCUUUAUGUGGCAAGGUUCAUGGCUACUCUUGCCAACCUAGGGGAAAGCCUGAGUUUUCUGUUAGAACAUGAUCAUCAGAUCUGGGUUAGGAAAGUGUCUGGCUUACGGAAUGAAUGACAGUGGGUAUUAAUUUACAGCCAGGGAAGAUUAACUGCUCAGACGCAGUUAGUGGAUCAGGGGUGCUGGAUGCCUGCCAAUGUCCAAAUAAGUCCACAAGGGCAACUGAUUCACAAAUCUGUACCUCACACCCACCUGUGCCGCUGACUUUCUCUCUGGGCUAAGUAGCUGCUUAAACUCUGCUGAUUGUCCUCCUCAUAAAUUGUGGGCUGUUGAUCAUAUUUCUUGGGGUAUAAUCCACCUGAGGAAUGUUGACCAGCACACCUGACACCCUACUGGGAAAGUUCACCUAUUAAUUUGACCUACAUUAAGGGUGUUGCAAAUUUGAGAAUAGUUCCCCAGAUGGGUUUGAGAGGUGCCUAUCAUUUAUUUGGCUGUAUUUAUCCUGGGUUUCACUUUCCCUCAAGCCAUUCUUGCCUGGGAAAUUUGAGUCUCUUCGUAACCAGGAGUAGCUAUAGUGCCCAUGUCACACUAUGUGAGCUGAUAAAGUGCUCCAUUGACAGCCACUUGAUCGGUACUGGGAUGUGUUUACAAGAAGUUUCUAGUAGGAGUGUGGCCCAGGAAACUUGAUGACCCCUGAAAUGAGUCCUGGUCCUGUAAAGGAUCUUGACGUCAAUGUCUUGUUGCCAGGGUUAUAUUUGGCCAAGUCUUUCACAAUAGGGCAGAAUGGUAACUUGUCAACCAUGGAAAGUGACAUGGUGGAUGGAUGAGCCACAUAACCAGUUAUUAUUCUGUUAUAUAUAUAUAUGCACUACUUUUAAGAUUUGAUACAUUUUGUUAUGUUUUUUUUAGUCAUACUGCGUGAUUCCUUGUUUUUUGUCAUUUUUAAGCUUCUGUAUUGCCCUCGUCUACAGCAUACUAAGAUUCCCAGGGUGCAUUUUGUCUAUCAAGCCCAGACUAAGCUUAGUCUAAAUAUAUUGCUUAUGUCAAGUUAUGAGUGCAUUUUACUUUUGGAUUGUAAAUAUAUUAUGCUUGCAUGAAUGUCAUGCUGAAUAUACAUUGAGUAUACAAAACAUUUAAGAAUAUAUAACUGACCAGGUGAAAGCUAUGCUCCCUUAUUGAUUUCACUUGUUAAAUCCACUUCAAUCAGUGUGAUGAAGGAUUUUUAAGCUUUGAGACAUGGAUUGUGUAUGUGUGCCAUUCAGAGGGUGAAUGGGCAAGAUAAAAUAUUUAAGUCCCUUUUUAAACUGGUUAUGGUAAUAGGUGCCAGGUGCACCGGUUUGGUGUGUCCAGAACUGCAACACUGCUGGGUUUGCUCAACAGUUUCCCCUGUGUAUCAAGCAUGGUCCACCACCCAAAGGACAUCCAGCCAAUUUGAGACAACUUUGGAAGCAUUGGAGUCAACAUGGGCCAGCAUUCCUGUGGAACGCUUUAGACACCUUGUGGAGUCCAUGCCCUGACACAAAUAAUUCCAAUUUAGAUCUUAACUAGUUAUGCUAACCAUAACAGUUACUGUAUCUAACUUAGUUAGCAUGCUAGCUAGCCCGACUGCUACAUCCCCAAAAAAUAAAUACUUGUUUGCAACAGUUUCAUCGUAACGACUGUCUUAAACAGUCCAAACAACAUGUAGGCCUGUUUAGAAGAACACACUUAUGAAAAUUUAUAGGCAAAUCAUUACGGAAUCCUAGUCUCAGCCUAUAUAUUUGGUGCUAAUGUUAGCAAUGCUAGCUAAGUAGCUAAACCUGCAUCUAGUGUUUUCAACAAGACAAUCGUCCAACAACACUGGAGGCCUAUUGGAGCUAAUAUGAAGUUUACAAGUAAAUACAUAUGAAAAUAUAGGCUUUUGCAAAGGCCACAAUGGCUGCCGGAGCGGCAACUUCGGUCCUUGAUGGUGGUAGCGGUUUCGCCGAAUAGAAUCAUGGGAGUUUGAGCGUUGAACAACAGAAAAAUAUUGGAGUAAGCUGGCUAUAAAUAUCAUUAGGUAUUCAAGCGUCUAUUUUAAAAUAUUUCCAAAUGUUAUUAGACAAAGUCAACCAGAGGAACAUUUUAUUUAUUUAAAUUUUGUCAUUUAGCAGACGCUCUUAUCCAGAGCGACUUACAGGAAAUAGCCGGAAGGUCAAAUAUGAUCAGAAAACUACAGAUGGUUAUAUUUAUUGCUGAAAAUGACUGUCCAUAAUUUGUAUUAGUCAUCUCAGGGAUUCUACUUGAAAAUGUCACGAAGGAAUUUCCGGUUUUACUCGGCUCUAAACGGUCAAUAGACGUGAAAUCAUAAAAUUACACACUCUGUAGGACAUCAGUAAACACUUCCUAAUAAUAACCAAAUGUUAAGUGUUGUAGUUGUCCUUUUUAAGGAACACUCCUCCUGAUUUUAAUUAACUGUUUGGACGUUCAAUCUUUUGUGGCUCACUAUAGUCAAAUUGGCCUAAUUCCUAUACGCAUUACAUAUUUCUUAAACACACCGACAGUCAACGUUUUCAAGACUUAUUUCCAUGACUGCUCAACUCAUUUUCUCAUAUUUCAUCUCUCUGCAGCAGACAUUUAGUGAGCAAUAUGUUUGGAACAUCUAAUGGCAAAAUGGACUCCCAAUACCUAUAGAAUUGUCACAAAUCUCAACACAUGUCAUAUUGGCACAAAAGUAUCAUAAGAUCCCUAGUUGAGACAUCUGUGCCCUGGGGGGGAGGACUGAAUGUUAGACACAGCUGGAGGCUCAAAGCCAAGGGUUUUCUAUACUGGUCUGAGUAAAUCUUCCUGUUCAAAGGUCAAAGCUUUUUGAAGUGUGACCACUAAAGGGGCAGUCCAUUCAUGUGGGUCCUGCUGGGUUGCGCAACGCACCUAGCAAAUUCCCCAUUGAGCGCCAUGCUCUUCAGUCACUACCAGACUGCUCUUUAUGUUUUGCUGCGCGCGCACUCACUGCAGCAGUCCCUUCUCUGUAGUGGGACUGGGACGCUGCCCCGACACUGCAGCUGUCCUUGAGCGUUGAAUGCAGGAGGGGAAGAGGGCAGGCAGCUGCUCGACAGUAGCAGUCUGCACUGCAAGGGAAUGCCAGGGCUCUGGACCCAGCUCAAAAUAAAAAAACAAGUAUAGUACUGGAGAUUUGUCGGUUUUCUUUGUGAAGAUGAUGAAUAAAGUGAUUUGGUCAAUUUUUUUAAAGUGCGAGUCGACUUGUCAUACAGCUCUGAUGGUUUCAGGUGGCACUCCACUUUCACUGUCCAUUUAUUUAUUAGUCGGACCAAUUAGGCUAAUAGAUAAUGCUAAAUUGAUUUAGAUUAGGGCAGGCGAUAAUCCACAUUUGUUUUUGCGCAAUAUUCCAAAUGCCUGUAUUGUAAGAAUUAAGUAGUUUUUUUAUGAGCGUUUAUGUCUGCUUGUUCUCGUAUUUUUGGUCUCGUCUUUUUUGUACCUGUGUGCGCCUUCCAGAGUAUGUGAGCGGAGCGAGGAGUGGAGCAUGCCCAAUUUGACUGGAGCGAGAUUUUUUUGGGUCUACCUAUAAAAAAAUGAUCUGCCCAGCCUGUCGAGUGGCCAAAAGGGGGUUUAGCAUGCCCAGUGGCUCUGGAGGGGUGGCGAGGAUAGUCACAGCCUAUGCGCAAUUUAGUACAAAAAUGUUUAAAUGUUGAGUGCUUUGUCCCUACCAGCCUAUUGUGCCGCAAAUGCUUUACAAUGUAUUUCUUUGUAGGCUAUUGCCUUGAAAUAAUAUAGGCUAAAUCAUUUGUUCCUGUUAAUUUCAAAUGAGCUACAUGUCAAAUUAUGUUAGCUUCUUACAUUCACCAUUUCAUGUUUUAUUCAAAUAUUUUUCAUUCAAAUCCAUAUGGUUUGGUUUCAAUACUUAAAACCAAUUGGUAGAUACAGGUAGCCACAAAAAUAGAUGGGUGUUGGUUAAAUUGUGAUUUUUAAUGAACGGAGCAAAUUUGGAGCUGCAGCUUUUUUCCCUGUGAGGGUAGUGGUUGUUAGCGGCGCGGUAGGAAAGCGCAUGGAGCGGUGUGCAAGCACAGCUUGACGAGCGGGAUUUCCAACCGCUCAACUCGCAUGCUCUGGCACCUUCCCAUUUACACCAGAGAUCUGUCUAUGGGGGAGUCCCGAAGGCAGGUGACAAGCUUAGCUCCAAAAUGAGGCCAUAGAAACUCAUUGGCCUUAUUUUGGACAGAUUUUAACGAGCGUUUAAACUCUAGCUUCGCUGAACUUGAUCUAUAAAGAUUAGCUGGCUAAUCACUAGCACGUGGCCUUGAGUGUUGAGACCUGUUAAUUUUCUAUAGCCUAAUGCCUGCUACGAGAAGUUAGUCAUUAUUAGUGAAUGUGCAUUAUGCAUUGUUCUAAAUUUAGUUGAAUUUGUAACAAAGGGCAAUUUCAUAGAUCAACUUGAAAGCCAGAUCAGGGCUUAUUGCACUCAAAAGCAGGUAACUAUUUGAUAAAAUAAUUAAAUAAUUAGUGGGUCUUGUUUGUGGAAGGCUUAUAUUUAGCCUAGGUAUAACUUCACAAGCCCUGAAUUAGAUUAUUGCUAACUGUUUUUAAAUGCAGUGUAUUUGACCUUUAAAAAAAAAAAAAGUGAUUUAUUUUUAGGCCCUUUCGCCCAGCCCUAGCCUAGAUGUUAAAUGUUUUAAUUUAGUCUGCUAGCAAUAGAACUACAGUCAAGGCUCUGAUGGUUUUAUUUUGAGAAAAGAGAAUGUUGAACUUGAAUUUAAAAAAAACAACACCUUGAACAAAUGAUUUGUCUUUCAGGUUUGAGUGGGACAAACUUCUGGAGAAUGUGCACUGUUUGAUCAUAAGUGUGACAAAGACCGACAAGCAGGAAGCUUAUAUACUCAGGUGAGUAGCGACCGGAUCCCUGUUCUGUUUACCACUGUCACCUUGGCACAUCCCUUUCCCUUUUUCCUUUUCCAGAUUAGCGGGAAGGAAAUUAGAUUUGGGUCAUCUGUAAUCUUGUCAUUGUGAAUGGCUGUAUGGCUGGCUGCAUGGUAAAUGGCUUCUCCCCUGGGGUGACGGGCAUCUCUGGCUCUAUUCUGGAGGGCCUAAUGAUGUGGUUUUUAUCUGAGCCCAGAUGGACUGGUGAAAGCCAGCUAAAUGAGGACCUUGGCAGCCCACACUAGCACAUCAGGCACAAGUUGCUGCUUUAGGUUUCUAGGAAUCAACCUCUGAUCCUGAAACCUCCCCUUUGCGUGACAGCUGAUGUCCUCCCACUGGGCCACCUACUCUUUACUGGAAAUGCGGUAAAGGCCUGACUAGGGCAUGGGUUCUCAAACUUUGUGUCUGGGGACCCAUUUUAUGAUAGCAAAGUCAUCAGGAACCCCCUCAAUCAGACCACAAGUCGUGAGAGAGAGAUUAUAUAUACAUAUAUAUAUAUAUUUAUUUUUAUCUCUCUCAUACAAGGAGUUCUACUGACUUUGGCAUUGCAUGGCUGGACAAACCAAGUCUCGGGCCCUGGGAAGGAACAGGUCCAUCUCUUGACAUCAGCGAGAAAAUGUUGCAGUUUUCAAACAAAUGUUCUUCAAUUAUACACAUUCUGUCAUGGGGCAGAGAUGUUGUUGCAGCUUUAAAGCAGGGUUUCAGUUAACUGGUAAGUGCCAGCUUUUGGCCCAAAGAAAGAAAGCCGCUAAAUAAAAGCUGGCACCGGCCAAUUGUCCGGGAGAGAUCCCAUCGCAAAACAAUGCUUUUUAGCCAUUGAUGGAAAUGAAUGCUUACGGUCUAUAGGUUAAUUUGCAUUAUUUGGGGGAGUAAAUGUGCGUGUUUUCUUUUUAGUUAUGAUUCUUAUCACACCGCAUACAGAUACAAAGCUUCGUUGGAGGGGGAAUCUGUCAGCCAGUGCGAGAGCUGCUGCUACAGCGCUUAUUGCUGUGGGAGUGAAACGUGCUUUUAUAUGCCCAAUCAUUGCGCAACCAUUCUAAAUGCAAUUGCAUGUUGACGGUUGAUGGCCACGACUAAAAAUGGCUACAAUAUUUUUUUCUUAACUGGUAAUUGAAGCGCACUUCCCAUUCGACAUUCAAGUGCUAGCCGAGCCAAAAUCAGUUUCUAUAAACAUGGAGGCAAUUAUUUUAUAAAGACUUCCAUAUGCCAUUGAAACAAGUAGCUUAUUUCUGUCAUGUUCUAUUUGUUUUCAAAUCAACUUUCAUUUUCCAGUAUCCAAAGGUACAAUCAUAGUCAUAUUAGUGACCCAUGCUAGUUGUUGGAGCUUUAGAUCUCGCAUCUACAUUUCUACUGGAUAUCGGUCACAUGCCACCGCUCACAUGUGCAGUGUACUGCGCUUUUGACAACUGUUUUCCUUCUAAAAUUUGAGUUGAAUAGUCAUGAAAUGUAUUUGAGCUCUGGCUGCAGCGGAUCCCACUUUGAGAACCCAUGGACUAGGGAGAAGUUGUUGUGAAGGCAGGAGCGGUCUCCACUCCUUCUGCCGGUUAGGUCCCACCUACAAGCCUCUGAGAGGGCGCGCAGAUCAGAAGGGAGGCGGUAGAUGCAGCAACCUUGAUAGGAUCAGUGCUAGCUGCGUAGUGAAGCGGCAGCUGUCCUGAUGUUUGUUGAUAUGGGAACGGCAUAGUGCCGAUUCAGGAAAGGACUACUUGUGAUGGCUCGAAUGCAAGUAGACAAAACAUGGCCGUUGUAGAUCUAAAUCUCUUACCUUCUCACUGGCUAUGCUAUAGUCAACUGACUGUUCCUUUUAUAAAACAUCACCCUGCAUGCCUCCCUAGGACUAGUCUGUGACCUAAAGCCUUGUUCUCCCUGGCAGUUGGAAGUGAACCGCAGAGGCACAUGAUGACUAACUCGGCUAUGUUUCAUUAAGGAGUUUAAUAUGUGGGCCUGAAUGCCAGACAGGCCUGCCACUGUAAACAAUGCCAGGCCCAUGACAACAGUAAUGCACUAAGGCCCAUUGGUUUGGUUUGGAAUCCGGGCUCAAAGCAGACUAGGUUAAUCUGUUUAUAGCAUCUGCUGAUUUAAGUCUACCCUCAAACUCAACUCUGCACCUCGAAGCCAGUGCCACUGCUUUUUUUUUUUAGCUGGAAGGCUUAGAAUCUCAAACCUGGGAAACUAGUUGCGCUCAUGUCACAAAUGUAGGCUUAAGGCUAUAAUUUAACUGGUAGAUGUGUAGCUUGUGUGUUGAGUAACGUGCAAAACUAAUCUUGCUGUUCUCCUUCUGUCCCUUCCUCUUUUCAGUGAGAGUAGCAUGUUUGUCUCCAAGAGACGUUUCAUUUUGAAGACCUGUGGAACCACCCUCUUACUGCAAGCACUGAUGCCUCUGCUGGAACUCGCCAGAGAGUACUGUGGCUUUGAUGCCAUCGAAGUCAGUGUGAUACACACCAUAUGGCCUACAUGUUCUUAAAACCAAUCAUACACUUUUUUUUUAUAAACCAUGUUAUGCUUCAAGACAUUUUGUGAGGCUCAUGUAAUCUUUGUACUGUCUUUUUGUUUGUGGUGAUGUUCUCGUGGACAGGAUAGGUCAGAAGUUCUAACCCCAUCUCCUCACUACCUACAGAAUUUCUUCUAUUCGCGCAAGAACUUCAUGAAGCCCACCCAUCAGGAGUUCCCUCAUCGGAACUUCCAGGAGGAAGUGGAAUUUCUCAGCCAGAUUUUCCCAAGUAAGUACUAAUGACCCCAUGCUCUAAAUUCCAUUCUCGAUCUCUAAUUACGUUACCGUGGGAGUGACUGGUAAAUUAAUGGCUGGGGUGAGUCAGAGACGCUAUACAGGCUGUGCUUGUCAUAUGCUGUCCUCUCUAAUCAGGAGGUGUAUAUGAGACACGGGCACAUAAGAAAGGAAUGACAUGACGUUCUUUCUUUUCCAGACGGAGCGGCGUACUGUAUGGGACGUUUGAACUCUGAUUGCUGGUAAGGUCAUAUCAACACUUGAUACUCUAGGAAUAUCUUCAAGAUACUGUUCCAUUAAUGACAAUGAAUAAUGCAGUGGACAUUGCCGUUAAACUUGAACUACGCUGUCCAGCGCUGCUGAAUGGGCUCAUGUUUUCCUGUACGCCCUUGUUUGUUUCCCUGCAGGUACCUGUUUACUCUGGAUUUGCCAGAGUUCUGGGAGAACGAGCAUGCGGAUCAGACCCUGGAAGUUCUGAUGAGUGACCUUGAUCCAGCAAUUAUGGACCAGUUCUUCAUGAAAGACGGUGUUUCUGCAAAUGAUGUCACUCGUGUAAGGCCCACUAACUAGCAACGUUCUAUAUUUGUUCUUGAUUCCUUCAAGAGGGGUCACUCAGUAGGGCACUGUUGAGUGGGACCUGUCUUUAUCAUGACAUUAAUCCACUGUGGUUCUGUGUCUGUAAUGAUCUUCCCUAGUGAUUGCCACUGAUAUGGAAAAUAUCAGUAGAUUUUUUCCGAUACGAUAUCGGCUUUAUGAAAAUACAUUGCAGCUGUGUGAAUGUUCACAUCCACCCGUCUGUGAAGUCGAGACAGCUGCUUGUUGAUUGCCUGUUCGGCCAGAUGUGAAUGUUCUGGGGUCCUAACUUACUGAACCAGUUGGUAUACAAUAGGAAGCUCAUCAACUGUUGAUGGCCAAUCAGCAGGCAAUUAAGUAUGAUAUGUUGACUGCCUGUGUGGUCUGUGAAAGGGGUUUUGUGCAUGAAGAAACAGCAGUGUAUUAUUAUAUUUUUUUAAAAACAUAAUCGUGUAGGUAAACGGGAAGAAUAAACCAAUAUCGCGAUAUUCAAAUUAUCGCUAUUGGUGCCCAGUAGUAAUAUUCCCCUUAAUGUAUAGAUGAACACAUCAUAAAGCUGACUGUUCAUCUGUCAAUUAGUAGUUGCUGUUUUGUAGUGCACAUUAGUCUGCUUUUCUUUUUUCAGAUGAGUGGAAUUCGUGACCUGAUACCAGGUUCUGUGAUUGACGCCACAAUGUUCAACCCUUGUGGAUACUCAAUGAAUGGAAUGAAGACUGACGUAAGUGGAUCUUGUCAAGGGUCUUGUCUUCAGGGUCUUCUCGACAAAUACACCUUGGUAGUUUAUCUAAAACCACUGUCUCUUUGUCUUACAGGGAACUUACUGGACGAUCCACAUCACUCCAGAGCCAGAGUUCUCCUAUGUCAGCUUCGAAACCAACCUCUCCCAGACGUCCUACGAUGAUUUGGUCAGGAAAGUUGUGGACGUGUUUAAGCCAGGAAAAUUUGUGACUACACUAUUUGUUAACCAGGUAUGUUCUCGUUCAAAAUGGUUCCGUUGUUGCGUGUGGAUGUUUCGCUCUGUUUUUCAGAAAAUUGCUUUAAGUGACUUUCAUCGUUUUCACUGUUAACAAAUUCUUUUUGUUUUUCUUUCUUUUCACCAGAGCUCCAAAUGUCGCAGUGUCUUUUCUUCCGCCCAGAAACUCGAGGGGUACAAGCGCCUCGACCGCCAGUUGGCCCAAUUCAACGAUUACAAUUUUGUCUUUACUAGUUACUCUAAGAGCCGCCAGCAGAACCAGCAAAGUUGAGGUUUAGGAAUGAAAAAGAAGCGUAAAAAGAAAGGCGGCUGCGUAGCAGGGCUCGCCCCCCGCGGCGGCUGUCUAUCUGCCCUAGCAGAGAGGCCCACUCCACUCUGUUGCCAUUGUUGUUCAGGAUUUCUCGGCAUCGACGAGGCCACAGGCCCUAAUAGUUUAAACUCCAGUUUGAAUUGUAUGCAUUGUUGUACCUAUAACUUAGAUAUCUUGCAUGAAAGCUCUUUUCUCUGUUUAGAUAGUCUAGCGCACUCUUGCUGUGAUCUUGAAGUGCAUGUAGAGGAAUUAAACGUGCUCUGUUUGAGGCUGUCCAGCCUUGCCCCGUGUGCCCAGUGCAACGGCUCCUUCCUGCAGGUCUCCCCCCUCAUUCCCCACAGACAGGGCUUCCGCGCCCACUAGUCCAGGGCCCUGACAUGCUCAGAUGGGUCCACCUCUAUUAUGUGCUUACCAAUGUAUUAUUUUAAAGUUGAAAUGGAAUUCCCUUCCUUCCCCCCCUUCACUGAUUUGCUGCUUAUUUGAUCUGUUGCAAGUUUGCGUCCUUUUAGAUUUUGACCUUUGAGUGCACUUUAAGAACACGCUGUUUUCAGCUCGAGCAGGACUCCUCAGUACCAAAACAUAAAACGCCAACCCUUUUUUGGCUUGUCGAAUGUUCGUGACUUUGGUCUUUGUUGAUUGAUUAGAAGCAUGUAAACUUUGGGCCAUAACAUAAUUUGUCAUGAAGCAUCAACCUAUUUAAUGAAUUCCUUAAAUCAAAAUGUCAUACUUUGUUAGUGUUUCACUACCAGAGGAUUGGAUAGAGGCUGACUGCUGGGUCAACGUGAUCUAGUUGCUCUUGGCUGUAAACCGCACUGCUAGAAUUGGGUCAAACGCCCCCGUUCAGCCAGCCAUGCUUCUCUCCACCUUGACAAUCAAUUUAGCUGUUGAGUGUGUCCACAAAUAGACAGGCAUUCAACUUGUCCCAGGCAACAGUAUGUGUUAGAGUAAAUAAUUUAAGACGUCCAGUUGGGUGCUUCAAGGUAUGGGAUGUGUAAUACAUUUAUACUAAGGCUCCUUCUACAUUUAUAAACUGGGUGGUUGGAGACCUCAAUGCUAAUUGGCUGUAAGCCGUGGUAUAUCAGACCGUAUACCACACCCCCUCGUGCCUUAUUGCUUAAGUAUACUGUACCAACAGGAAGCGUCUGGUUCUUAGAAUUCUCAGUCGUUUUAAAUACUUAAUUUAUGCAUUAAUGAACAUUUGAAAAAAAAAUAAAAAAUUGUCCAAACUUGACUAGAUCAGUCAUGUAAGAACGAAGGCUGUGCCAACUAUGAAUUGAGGGCCUUGUUUAGACUAGAGGAGCUUGUUAUAUCUGAAUGUAAAUGACUCAAGGAGACCCAGUAGUCCCCUUGUACCUGUGGUGUGGGCCAGAACAAUGCCGUCCAGCAUGGUCAGCCAUUGUCCCCCGGCCCAGCGGGUCUCUUCCCCCCCCCCCCAUAGCACACAGUGAGACUGUCAGCUGGCCCCAGAACCAUGCUUGACAGUGGUGCUCCUGGCUGCACCGUGUGGCCCUGAAUGGAAAUAAUGACUCAGACUCUUUGCUUAGUGCAGCGGUUGCCCAGCAAAGCAUUUCUUUCUUUUUCUAAACAAUGUACAUCCUUUCUCUCUCUCCCCCCCCUCCCCCUCCAUACAGGAAUCGGUAAGCGCACAAUAGAGGUCCACCAAUCUGAGCAUGCCAGGGUGAUCCCGGAUCAUUCCACACAACUGUUGCAUAAACCAUUUUAUUAAUUUUAUUGUGCGCAGACGUUUUGCAGUGAAUUGGCCCCAAAUGUGACUCCACUGCAGUUUUUUGGAGUACAAUCAAUGCCCUUUGUUCAGUGAGGGAAAAAUCCUGUGACACUGGUGCAUGUGACUACUAGUGCUGUAUUGCUUGACAGUGUAGUGUGCUGUGGUCUGUUCCUCAUGUGUAAGUAGAGCAAUGUGCUUCACCUUCCUGUUUUAUCAGCUCAUGUAGAUGGGACUGAGGCAUCCUGAUAAUGUUUUAUUGAACAGGUGGGUUGGGGUUAAAACAUUUUUUUUUAAUACAUACACACUUUGCCACCUUACAGUGCUGAAGGCAGGCCCUCCUCUAUAUGGUUACUAUACAGACAUUGAGAGGUUUGUAAUUUUGAGAGCGGUUUUUGAUAGGAUGUUGAGGAUUGUCUUCUCCAUUGGCUGGUCAGUAAUAUUCAUGAUGCUUCCCCUGCCAGUGAAUGCAGAUUGAUUUGAAUUGGAUGACAGAGCUGGGAUGGAUAGGAAACAUUUUUUAAGACUGCAGUCUCUGGCCUGCCUUUAGCACUUCUGAGGGUUAUAACAUGCUGCUUUGCCCCACUAUGUUGGGAACUGUAAGAUCAAGCUAGUUCAGGAAGCUCUUAGAACACCAGAGAAUGUGGCGCAUACACUAUAUUUACAAAAGUAUGUGGACAUCCCUUCAAAUUAGUGGAUUCAGCCACAUCUGUUGCUGAUGUGUAUAAAAUUGAGCAUACAUCAUGUAAUCUCCAUAGACAAACUUUGGCAGUAGAAUGGCCUUACUGAAGAGCUCUGUGAUGUUCAAUGUGGCACCAUCAUAGGAUGCCACCUUUCCAACAAGUCAGUUUGUCAAAUUUCUGCCCUGCUAGAGCUGCCCCGGUCAACUGUAAGUGCUGUUAGUGUGAAGUGGAAACGUCUAGGAGCAACAACGGCUCAGCCGCGAAGUGGUAGGCCACACAAGUUCAAAGAACGGGAGUGCCGAGUGCUGAAGCGGGUAAAAAUGUGUCUGUCCUUCGUUGCAACACUCACUACCGAGUUACUUCCAGAGGCAGUUUGGAGCGUCCGCACAAUAACUGUUCGUCGGGAGCUUCAUGAAAUGGGUUUUCAUGGCUGAGCAGCCACACACAAGCCUAAAAUCACCAUGCAAAAUGCCAAGCGUCGGCUGGAGUGUUGUAAAGCUUGCCGCCAUUGGACUCAGGAGCAGUGGAAACUCAUUCUCUGGAGUGAUGAAUCACGCUUCACCAUCUGGCAGUCCGACGGACAAAUCUGGAUUUGGCGGAUGCCAGGAGAACGCUACCUGCCCAAUGCAUAGUGUCAACUGUAAAGUUUGGUGCAGGAGGAAUAAUGGCCAGAGGCUGUUUCUCAUGUUUCAGGCUAGGCCCCAUAGUUCCAGUGACGGGAAAUCUUAACUCCACAGCAUACAAUGACAUUCUAGAUUAUUUGCUUCCAACUUUGUGGCAACAGUUUGGGGAAGGCCCUUACCUGUUUCAGCAUGGCAAUGCCCCCGUGCACAAAGCGAGGUCCACGCAGAAAUGGUUUGUCGAGAUCGGUCUAGAAGAACUUGACUGGCCUGCACAGAGCCCUGACGUCAACCCCAUCGAACACCUUUGGGAUGAAUUGGAACGCCGACUGCGAGCCAGGCCUAAUCGCCCAACAUCAGUGCUCGACCUCAAAAAUGCUCUUGUGGCUGAAUGGAAGCAAGUCCCCGCAGCAAUGUUCCAACAUCUAGUGGAAAGCCUUCCCAGAAGAGUGAAGGCUGUUAAAAAGCAGCAUAGGGGGGACCAACUCUAUAUUAAUGCCCAUGAUUUUGGAAUGAGAUCUUUGAGCAUGUGUCCCCAUACUAUUGGUCAUGUAGUGUAUGAUGGUGUACUGUAGAUAACAGAAAAUUGGGCUUCCUGGAGAGGAAAAAAAACAUGUGACCGACGUUACAAGUGGACCACUAGAAAUAGUUGUGCAGUUCAUGUAAGGACCUGGGAAAAGUUGACAAUCGGAAUGGCUUCCCUCCAGUACGUCUGUGGCUUUUGGAAUGGUUUCAAAAAUUUUUUUCUCUGAGGACCAACCUUUGCCAAGUGUCCUUACCUGAAAUGUUAUGAUUCUUAUGCCUGUACUGACCAGCCUCCUUGUUCUAAGAGGUUUAGGGAAUAGUCACCAGCACUGUUCAAAAAAGGUUACUGUUUUUAGAUGAAGUCAUAUUUAGACUUGAUCUGAGUAUUGGGUAGUUCUGUUGGUUUGGAACACAACACUACUUUUUUUUUUUUUUUUGGGGGGGGGGGGGGGGGGGGGUCUUUAAAAAAAAAUACAAAUAAUCUCAAAUGCAUUUUUUGCAGUAUAAUGGUAAUACGAUUUAACAAAUAUUGUAAGGAAUGUGUUUUUGCCUACGGACCAAUCAUAUUGUUUCUUUGUCCAACCUUUUUUGUUGUAAAACCAGUGAAGCUAAUUGGAUCAUGUAUUUUUCUUGCCUUACCUUUUGAAUCCCAUGCUGGGUUUCCUGGGGAAGGGGAAAGUUAAACACCUCCCCUGACGUGAGGGUGAACUUACAGGAUGUACUGAAGGGAAAACUUUGCUGUUCUAAUUAUUUUGCUAUUCUUUGGAUGGUCAAGAUGUGCUAAAUAUAUCUGUACUAUGAGCUUGAUGCUUUAAUAAAGAAAGAAAGAUUGCUCUUUCUCCUGUGUGACUUUGUUUAUCAGCGUUGGGCAUAAGCUAAGAAGUCCAGUCCACCUUGUGUUUGACUGAAACUGUAGCAUAUCCAGCACAUAAAUACAUGGCAUUAAUAACGCAAGUGUUAGGAUCAGGUAUGAUGCCCUGACCUUCCAAAUCUGAGCAUUUACAAGUUAUUCAUGUUUGAAGAAUGGGUCUUGCAGCUGUGAAAUCCAUAAAAUGUUGGAGAAUGACUGCUCAUGAUUCAAGAUGUCACAAGUUGUAUUAAUUGAUAAACAUUUUAAGUUGCAAGGUUCACAUUCCAUUUCAAUGUCAUUCCAUGUAGGAGACGGGUGUCUUUGUUCUACAGUAGCAGUACUCUCACCUACCCUUCCACAGUACUGAUUACCCCCAGGACUAUAUAUAUUACACAACCAUUAAUGUGUAGGUUAGAUGAGGGUGUGAAUUCUGAUUGAUAGCAGAAGGAAGUAAUUUUUUUUUUUUUAAACCGGUUUGGGGCCCAAGCGCACAUUUAUAUUGUUUGCUAAAACCAAGACGUGUACCCAGUGGGGGCCCCAGGACCGAGUUUGGUAAAUCCUGCUCUAGUCGACAGGCAAGGCGAUUAUGCUGCAAGCAAAGGAAGUCUGCUGGGGACAUCUAUUGGUUAAAAUGUGCACCUACAAAAUUGCUAUUAUCUUGACAAUUUCUUUGCAUUUAACUUAAUAUAAAUUGCCCUUUCAGGUCUCGGAAAUAUAAUACGUACUGUAUUUUAUAUAUACUAAGUUAUCUAUGAAUGUGGUAUAUAUUUUUUAAAGAUACACAAGUUAACAUUUAGCAUAACAUUUAAAAUAAAUCGUUCUGAAAAAACGUUUAAGACGAGAGUUUGGGUUGGUGUAGGGUUUGAGCAUAGACCAAAAAAUAUGAACGAAGUAAUCGAUUACUUUACCCCAUUGUUUCCUAUGAUAUCGCUCAGUAGCGCAUUUGAUCAGGGAGUGUCAUUUCAGCGUGUGCCAUGUUGUUACAUGGAGGAGUUUUUGGAAACAUUGCAUGUGCAGUUUGAGCUACUCUAGGCUCAGUGCUGCCCUCUUAUUGAGUCUCAAGUUGAAGGCCGACCGAGGUCAGCAGGCUGCCAUUAGCAACUAAAUUAUCCUUAUCAAAUCAAAUUUCAUUUGUCACAUGCACCGAACACAACAGGUGUAGACCUUAAAGUGAAAUGCUUACUUACAAGCCCUAGAAGAAGCCUUUUGGACCUAGACUUGGCGCUCCAGUACCGCUUGCCGUGCGGUAGCAGAGAGAACAGCCUAUGUCUAGGGUGGCUGGGCCGUACGCCAUUUCCCCAUUCACUAUAAUGGGGGAUCCUGUUUUCUGGAAACAAUGCCUGCAGUACCGCGGUCGGCUGUCAAUUUGUAAUUCUCAAUGCGAGGGGGCAGUCGUUCUACCCUGGGUUUGAGUUAUGGACGAGUUAUAGCUCUCUACCGUAACCCAGUGGCCACCUGAGAGUAAUGCAGAUUUAUCCACUGUACAGAACGACGGAUGUGACGUAAAUGCAACCGCGACAUUUUCCGCUGUUGUAAAAUUCACGUGGAGUAUUUUGAAGCAAGCACACGAGUGAAGCCAUCAAAAUGAAACAAUACGGAGGAGUAAUGUAAGUUGUUUUUUGCUAACCAAAGUAUUUCACGCUUACUGUGGUUUAUACCCUUAAACUAUAACUAAGGUAUUUAUGUAGUUAACGAAGUCACUUGCUAGGAAACUAACUAGCAAUGUAACGUUCGCUAUCUAGCUUGCCCAAUAAAUCAAACUAACUAGGUUUCCAUCCAAUUGGCGACAGAUUUUCAUGCGAAUCUUCUAAAAUCCGCAUAAAAACAAUAUUCGCAUUUUACGGCCAGAUAUGUGUUCAAUUACAUUUAAUUGUGGGUACAAGGCUGUGCGUGAUGACGUAGUGCACAAAACAAUAAAUGUACCGAAUAAAAAACAGGUGAAAUGGGUUUCCGUCGCAAUUUCAACUCCACUGAUGGUUCGCACAAAUGUUGCGUUAUAUAGCUAGGUUGCCCACUCUGGUAUUAGCGCGUACACUCGAGGCAAAAAUUCGCAGAUAGUGCGGACAUAGCCUACCUAACUUUACAUGGUGAGAUUAUUAUGGACAAAAUAAGAGCGAGAUUAUUUUUGUCAUCACCAGAAUUAGACUCAAUAUUUAUUGGUAAGGUGCAUCAAACUCAUCACCUUGGAUAUUAUAUAAAUAUUUGUGCGCCAUUUCUCGCAUAAUUCAUUUUACCGACACAAAACGAUCCCACCUUGUCUAGCAUAUUUUGUUUGGUUUACCGACACAUUUUCUGUUUCCAUCAGGCAUGUCUUGGCAUUUUUUGUACUACUCGCAUGAAAAGGUUUGAUGGAAACCUGGUUAGUGAUACCAAUUAUUUAUAUAUAGUCUGAAACGUAACAUUGCAAACAUUUAACAAGACAAUGUUGAAAUAAAUUACAUUUGAAUUUACCGCGUGUUACUCUACCUCUUGUCUGUGAGGUUGGGCCGUAUGUAGGUCGAAAUUUGAUUAUAAAACAUCCACAGGAAAGUAUUAUUAAACCGACUUCCAAAACGCGGGUCUGUGUGGCUCUGACAAUUUUUUUGUUAACCACCUGUAACGUUAUGUAAGUAGAUUAACGCAUUAUAACUGAAAUCUCACAGGUGUGUAGGCCUGAUGCCCCUUGGUGAAGCAAACGAUGAAUAUAAUGGACUUGGAACUAGUCUGUGUACCAGUCUUUUUAGCUGAUAUUCCACUCCUUGCCACUCCGUCAUUGCCAAAGAGACAACGCCUUUUGGGCAAUAGUCGCAGUUGGUAUUAGAACGUCGCAGCUCUGCCUGCCUGUGAGGGAAAGAGCAUGUGGUUACCUUUCAAGCGCAUUUUUGUCUGUUUGUUUUAGUCAGUUACAAAACUACAUUUAAGAAAAGUACAUGUCUAAAGAUUACUUUUCCACAUUGCCUGCAAUCGAGCAUUCUAACUACUUUCCAACAAGGAACCCCGUGUAGCUCAGUUGGUAGAGCAUGGCGCUUGCAACGCCAGGGUUGUGGGUUCGUUUCCCACGGGGGCCAGUAUGAAAAAAUGUAUGCACUCACUAACUGUAAGUCGCUCUGGAUAAGAGCGCCUGCUAAAUGACUAAAAUGUAAGGAACUGCACUUUGCGAACUGCUAGUGCCAUUUUAUAAUUGGUAAGAGCUAUGCUAUAACCCCCUUAAACAUACAGGUUCCAAAAACAUUAGUUUGAUCAAGACAGAGCAUAUUUUCAUCAGAAUCAUUUAGUCUAUGCCUACUCACCAAACAGAUGUUGUCCAUUUAGAAAAUUCCAAAGAACAGGCACAAACUAAAUCGAACGUCCUGUAUAUAUAUAUAUAUGUGGCAAUUAGGAGUUAUAUGUUAUGGUAAAUUAGGCAUUGUUGCGCACUGUUGGCAUAUAGAUUAAUGCACACGUUUUUUUCCGAGUGUGGGCCUUGUUCUAAAAUUAUAUAUAUUUCAUUGGAGUAAUUGUGCUAGCACUCGGAACAGUAGAAAAAAGAAAAAAAAGUCGCCUGCCCAUCCCCAAGGCGUACCUGUGCUAAUUAGCUAUCUGCGUCUCCGAACACCUGUGUGUAAAUGGAAGACACACCACAAACGUGUUGGCAGGUAAAAAUACUGUUGGCUGCAACUGUAUUGAAACAAUGUACAGUAAGUUUAUGAAAUUAUUUUGAUGUGAUAUGAAAGUAGAGGGCUUUAUUUUUUUAGUACUGUACAACAAUUGAGAAUCAAGUCACGUUUAGAUGGAGUAUUUGGCUGUUUUGGCUGCCAAAGCCAAUUUGCUGCUAAACAGAACAUGUAAGGCCCUUGGACUAUAAGAAGUAAUGUUAGGCUCCUUUAGUCCAUUAUUGGGCUAGUGCCAGAUGAUAGAAAUGGCAGUAUCAGCGUUUUGAAAAGUCGGUUUAAUAAUACUUUCCUGUGGAUAUUGUCUAAAAUUUCAAACCUACAUAAGGACCAACUGCACAGAUAGAGCAAGCUUAAAUGUAAUUUUGUUCAACACUGGCUAGAGAGAACUUUACACAUUUUUGCAGUACUUUGUUUGACUGUUUACCAAUAAUUGGUAUCACGGUGUGAUUUACUGGGCAAGUAGUUAGCGAAUGUUAACUAGCUAGCUAGACUUCCAAACUGUUGAUUGAGCUCUUCCAUCUAGCAAAAUGUAUUAUGUCUGAUCAUCUGUGUUUUACUCGUGUCCCUGUCAUCCAUAGCUGAAGUGUUUUUUGUUGUUGAAUGACUGUCUCCUCAGAAACCCUAAGACGAAGAGGGCUAAGCGCUUUCUUGACCACAGAGCUCCUAAGCUUACAGAGAACAUCAAGAAUGCCAUGAUUAUGAAAGGAGGCAACACCAGUAUGACUGUCACUCAGGCAUUAAAAGACAUUGUACGUUUUCUGACUGUCGAACCUCCUACCCAUCUAGAAACAUGAAGACUGUCAAGUUUUGAGCGUGCCAUCUAGAUAACUCUCUCAAUGUGUUUUUUCUCCAGUAUGCCCUGAAGAAACCAAGUGCUGUGCUGUACAAAAAGUAAGUGAUGGAUUCUAACUUCACUUGAGUAGGACUUAAGUUAUUCUUCAAACAAACCCAGUAUACUCGUAGUACUGAAAUGAUUGUAUUUAGUGUUCAUGUUUUAUUUUUCCCCUGUCGUUGAUAACAGUGGAUAUUUAAUACUUGGGCAUAAAGGAGUUUACUGAAAUAAUAACAAGGCAUAAAUACUAGUCCAUCAAUUGUUGGUACUUGAGAUGUGUGUGUUUAUCCUGAAUGUAAACUAAAUGGUGUCUUUCCUUCCAGGAAAAAUAUAACUAGGCCAUUUGAAGAUUCUACAUCAUUGGUCAGUUAACCAAAUAUGUUGCAUGGCUUCAUUUCCUCUUGAUAUCAGAUUUGUUUAACUUGGACAUACCAAUUGUUUGGGAUUGUGAUAAUUUAACCUGAUAAUUUGUGAACAUGCACCUGCUAGUAUUCAAAGCAGUAUUUUACACUGUAGACAUACUAGCACUUAAAUCAGCACUCCCUGUGGAUUAUGUAAGAAUUUCCGAUCAUCAAUAUUUUGUCUCUGUCUACAGGAAUUCUUCUCGAAGAAAACCGAUAGCUCUCUGUUUUUGUUUGGCUCACACAACAAGAAAAGGCCAAACAAUCUCAUAUUUGGUAAGCAUUUUUGUAUUUUAUCAGUGGGCGACGGAGACCUUGCUCUACACAAGAUGUCUAGUACUUUUCACAGCAGAUAAGGGUUUGACCUUUUGAUUUUUUUCAGGUCGUCUGUUUGAUUUCCAUGUGCUGGAUAUGAUUGAGCUUGGCAUUGAGAAGUAUAACUCCCUAAGUGACAUCAAGGUGAUGGUUCCUUUAUUUUAAGACAUUUUCUAUGGAAUUUAUAAUUGCGUUUAACAUUGGUGCAUGACACCACUGUACUUUCUCUAUCUGCCAGAAUCUUAGUUCAUUAACAGUAAGUGUUUCAUCAACCUGUCUUUGUCCAAACUCUGCUACAAUAGGCCAAAUGAAUACACCUUAUUUACAUUCUUUCCCAGUGGCCUGAAUGAACUUCUAGAACUGAACUUUCCUCUACACACUAUUCUAGACACAUUGUCUCCCCGUUCUUUGAAAAUGAUUAAUUUGGAACAUUUUUGUUUUACAGACAAGACACUAAUGUAUGAAACAGGCACACUUGGAUUGUAAACAAAUAACGUUUUUAGUGUUCACCAUAUCUAUUUUUAUCAGAUUAAUUUAUUUUACUUUGCCUCCUGUAACUUUAUGUUCUGUUUCCAAUGCAUUGCAGAGCAGCAAAUGUCCUGAGGGGACUAAACCAAUGCUGGUGUUUGCAGGGGAGGCUUUUGACCAUGACAAUGACCACAAACGCCUAAAGAGCCUUCUUACAGGUAAAAUUCAGUCUAAGCUAAACUUGGUGUUAAUCAGAUGUCAUGAGGUUAAUAUCAGUCCUACAGUUAAGAUUUCCCAUUUAGUUACAACACAUUUAGUCUAACUAGUAAACAUUUAGAUAAUACAUAGUUACCAAAUUCUCCAUUAUUUUGGUCUUAUAACAUUGCAUCAUGUCAAUGACACUAUUGACCAUUUUCUACUCUAAUCGUCUUAUUAUUCAGACUUCUUUAGAGGUCCUGUUGUGCCUUCAGUGCGCCUGGCAGGUCUGGAGCAUGUCCUGCACUUCACUGCUCUGGAGGGGAAAAUCUACAUGCGCAGCUACAGGUAUGUCUGCCUUCCAGCAGCUGGACCAUCUACCAGUGCCUCCUAUUAUUCACAAUAGAUUGACAUGACGACAUAUGGGCUGUGUCCCAAAUGGCACCCCAUUCCCUAUAUAGUGUAAUACUUUUGACCAGAGCUCUAUGGGCACUAAAAGGAAAAGAGUGCCAUUUGGGACAGAGCCACGUUCUGUGAAGUUAGUGUCAGCCGUCCCUCUCACCCCUGAAAUGAUCACUAGUCAAAGCUCUUUGUUUUUCUCCAGAUCUCUGUUGAAGAAGUCUGGAUGUCGGACACCAAGGAUUGAGCUGGAGGAGAUCGGGCCGUCUUUUGACUUUAUCUUGCGGAGAACCCACCUGGCGUCAGAUGACCUGUACAAGACAGCUCACAGGCAGCCCAAGGCUCUGAAGGUAGGAAAAAUGUCUAGUUGCUGUCAACAUCUUUUUCACGCUCUUUCAACAGCCGCUAUGUUGCUUCUUUUUAAACGUCUGUCUUAAUUGCACAAAUAUGUAGUGAAAUGAAUCAUCAAGGCAAUCGAAGUCCUCAUGUUGCUCUUUGUCAUUUCUAUUCUUUACAGCCCAAGAAGAAGAAGAACAUAUCCCAUGAUACCUUUGGUACCAAGUUUGGCAGGUUGCACAUGCAGAAGCAGGAUCUGGCCAAGCUCCAAACACGUAAGAUGAAGGGUCUGAGGAAGAGGAGGGGCCCAGCAGCUGCUGCUGUUGUGGAGGGAGAGACGUCCCCGAAAACCGCCGAAGUAGAGUGAGGUCUUCCCAGGCUUUAAUGGACAUUUCACAAGCUCACGUCAUCAAGCCAACAGUGGAUGUUGACUGAAUUCUUCCGAAUUGUCAUCAAUGAUGAAAAGAAUGGCCCCCACAUACAUGUUUACCUUCUGCAAGUAUGUUUGUCAACAUUUCAAGACAAUGUGGUGGUGUGCUUAUCGAUAUCUCUUUUUAAUGCCUUGCAAAUUGUCUUCAUUCUGUUGCUUAGUUUGGUAUUGUUUUGUGUGAAAGGCAGGCAGUCUGAUGUGCAUAAGAAAAAAUGAAAUUAGCCGUCAUUCUUCAAAAAAAAAAAAUCUCUGCUGGUACAUCGUGGAACAAUUCUCAAUGAUUAAACUUGUUUUGUACAUCUUGUCUCAUGUGAUGUUCUUUUCAUAGACAUACACUGCUCAAAAAAAUAAAGG